GGUUCAGUCUUUUCCUCCGCGCGCUUGCGGAGGUCGGCGGUUGUUUCGUGCUGCGCCGCUGAGGCUGGCGGUUCCUGGCUGCGGGCUUCCCAGGCCUGGGCUGCGGGUGGCGCGGACGCAGCUGAGGCCCUUACCGAGCCGGCGCUUGGUGGUGCCCGCCGUCUGCCUACCUACACGGAAAUUUGGUGAAAGCAAAGAACAAGUGAGAAUAACAAUUUUGAGACAGACUGGAAGAAGAUAUCAGGAAUGGAUUCUCCGGACUACAUAACAGUAUCUGAUUCAGCUAUGGAAAUUGAAAAUCAGAAUGAUAGCUCUUCCUCUGAUAGCAGCUUAUUUAAAACUCAAUGUGUUCCUUCCUCACCUAAACGGAGGCAAAGAAAUCCCAUUAGGAAAUGUGUUCAUUCACUUGAAAGUGUUCAAGAAAGAGAUUCAUCCAGUGACUCAUCUAUAGAACCAAGACCAUUGACUUUAAAAGCUAUUUUUGAAAGAUUCAAGAAAAAGAAGCCAAAGAAACGUAAAAAGAGGAAAUAUAAGCCAACAGGAAGACCAAUGGGAAGACCAAAAGGAAGGAAAAACAGUAGGUCACAAAUAAGUAAGAAACAACUUAAAGUUAAAAGACCUCAGUUCCCAUUUAUAGAGUCAGAGAAUGGAAGAAAACCAAUACCUUGGAGAAAAAUUUUAACCUUUGAGCAAGCAGUGGCAAGAGGAUUUUUCAACUACCUUGAAAAACUGAAGUAUGAAUACCAUCUCAAGGAAUCCUUAAAUCAGAUGAAUGUUGGUGAAGAUCUAGAAAAAGAAGACCUUGAUAGUCGUAGAUAUAAAUACUUGGAUGAUGAUGGAUCGAUCUCUCCUAUUGAAGAGUCAGCAGAAGAAGAUGAGGUUGCUACAAAUCUUGGACGUGAUGAUGAAUGUGAUAUCAAAUUGGUGGAGAAUAAUUAUUUCAUAAUAAGUUCUGAAUUACCAAAGAAGAUGAACGUAUAUUUAGAGCAAGAAUACACUGAAGACGUUGCUUUGUCUAAAAAGAGAGUAUCAAAGUCCAAAAACAUUGGACAGAAGACAGAAUGACCUGAAAAGGAGAUAUGAACAUGAAUGUCAAGGUAAAGAGACUAGAGAAAAAGAAACUACAGAAAGUAAAGAUGAUAUGAAUAUAUAUGCCAGUCCAGUGAUAAAGCUGCCACGAUGAAAAUAAAAAGAACCUCUGAACAAAUUUGUGAAAGAAACUGCUAAAGAAGUAAUUAAGAAAAAUUGAAGUGAAAUUGUGCAUGUACAAAAAAUUUGAGGCUUUCAUAGCAGAAAUAAUCUUUUGCACAAUAAUAAAGUCCUACUGCCUGGCCAGUGGCUCAGUUGGUUGUCAUCCUGUGCACUGAAGGGUUGCUGGUUUGGUUCCUGGAAAGGGCACAUAACCUGGGUUGUGGGCUUGAUCCCCAGUUGGCGUAUUCCAAAGAGGCAGCCAAACGAUGUUUCUCUCCUUUCUCUUCAGUAUGUCCUCGGGAGAGGAUUAAAUAAAAAUAAAAUUUUUAAAAGGGUCCCACUGUUUUUGCCUAUACUUGUUUAUGUCCGCGUAAGAGCGUAAAGGUAUUAUUUGAGCACUGAAUCAAAGUAUAGAGAUUGUAAUCCUAAAAAUAAAAUCUUGCCACUAAUGAAUGACAACAAGUCACCCUUCUUAGGAUAUCUGAAACCCUUGCUGUAUUUUUAUCCAGUUUUAUUCAGACAAAAAUGACCUUUAUUAUCAAAUGUUCAGUGCUGAUAAGAAUUGAAUAAUUUCCCCUUCUUAACAGCCUGGAAUAUUAACUAUCAUUGUCUUUUGUCGCCAUAAAUAUUACUAAUUAUAUUGCUAAAUAUACUGCAUUUCACAAUAGCACUUGUGUUUGUUUUUGUAAUUUGUGGACAAAAACUACAUACGGGUGCUAAAAAUAAAGCCUCUUUUGCAACCCAGAACUCAUUGCUCAGUAUGAGUUUUGAUACAUAUAAGAAGGAACAUGAUACCUAAAA